AUGGCUGUAUGCACACUCUACACACCACAAUUGGGACUCAACCAAAACCACGUUUUCUUCUACACGAGCCGGCGACCAUCCGGCUCCGGCGGCCGGACCAAGCCCCUACCCGCCGGAAUCUCGUGUUCAGCCUACGACAAGACGGUGGUCAUCGGCCUCGCCGCCGACUCGGGCUGCGGCAAGAGCACAUUCAUGCGGCGGUUGACGAGCGUUUUCGGUGGGGCAGCGGAGCCCCCGAAGGGCGGGAACCCGGACUCGAACACUCUGAUCAGCGAAAUGACGACGGUCAUCUGCCUGGACGAUUACCACUCGCUGGACCGGACGGGAAGAAAGGAGAAAGGGGUGACGGCGCUGGACCCGCGGGCCAACGAUUUUGACCUCAUGUACGAGCAGGUGAAGAAGGUCAAAGAAGGCGUUCCGGUUCAGAAGCCGAUUUAUAAUCACGUCACCGGUUUGAUUGACCCGCCCGAGCUGAUUAAACCGCCCAAGAUUUUCGUCAUCGAGGGGCUGCACCCAUUGUACGAUGCACGAGUGAGGGACCUUUUGGACUUCAGCAUUUACUUGGACAUCAGCAAUGAAGUCAAAUUCGCUUGGAAAAUUCAGAGGGACAUGGCCGAAAGAGGACAUAGCCUCGAAAGCAUCAAAGCCAGCAUCGAAGCCCGAAAACCGGAUUUCGACGCCUACAUUGACCCACAGAAGCAAUAUGCGGAUGCAGUCAUAGAAGUAUUGCCCACACGACUCAUCCCGGACGACAAUGAAGGCAAGUACUUGAGGGUGAGAUUGAUUCAGAAAGAAGGGGUUAAGUUCUUCAACCCGGUUUACUUAUUUGACGAGGGCUCGACUAUUUCAUGGAUACCGUGCGGCCGCAAGCUCACGUGCUCUUACCCGGGCAUCACGUUUUCCUACGGUCCCGACACUUACUAUGGCCAUGAGGUCUCGGUGUUGGAAAUGGACGGCCAAUUUGAUAGGCUCGACGAGCUCAUAUACGUCGAGAGCCACCUCAGCAACAUCUCGACCAAAUUUUAUGGCGAAGUUACUCAGCAAAUGCUGAAGCAUGCGGAUUUUCCGGGCAGCAACAAUGGGACGGGCCUUUUCCAGACCAUUAUCGGGUUGAAGAUCAGAGACCUUUACGAACAGCUCACGUCAAGCAAAACCGGGGCCCGUUUGGAGGCUACGAAGGCCUGA